GUGUCCAUGGCAAAGUUAAUGACUCUGCUAUGGGGGGCUGGAUCACCUCCCUGCUGGCGUGUUAUGAUCACUCUGGAAGAGAAGAAGUUGCAGGGUUACAAACACAAACUGCUAUCCUUUGAGAAAGGAGAGCACAAAUCUCAAGAGGUCUUGGAAAUCAACCCAAGAGGACAGCUCCCUGCGUUCAAGCAUGGAAACAUCAUACUGAACGAGUCCUUGGCAACAUGUUUAUACCUCGAGAAUCAAUUCAAGUCUCAGGGCAUCCAGCUGAUUCCUGACAGUCCUGAGGACCAUGCAGUGAUGUACCAACGCAUGAUGGAGGGCCUCACCCUCACUGAUAAACUCAAUUCAGUUAUCUACUAUGACCAGUCUGUCCCUGAAGAAGAGAUACACGACUCUGCUGUGAAGAGAAACAAAGAGGCUCUGACCACUGAGCUCAAACUCUGGGAGGGUUACCUGCACAAUGUGGCUGCUGGCUCAUACCUGGCAGGGUCCUUCUCCUUAGCCGACGUGAUCGUCUUUCCAAACGUUGCUUAUGCGUUUCGUUUCGGGCUGUCUGUCGGAUGCUACCCUAAACUGGCCAAAUAUUACAGCCUGCUGAAGAACAGACCCAGCAUUAAAGCCACAUGGCCCCCACACUGGGUGGCCAGCCGAAAUGGUUACGACAUCCUGAAGGACCUCUGAAACACACAAAAUCCUCCCUUUGUCAUCUCAGAUAGUGCAUGUACGUUUAUUAAACAGGAAAUAAAAAUUGAAUUUUUUUUACACAG